AUGAGGCGGUUGCUCCUACUCGCCCUCCUGGCCUCAAUUGCCGACCCGUUUUCUCUAUCUGACCUCCUUGACGAUGAUGGAAGAGGAGAGGAUGAUGAGGAAUACUUCAUCUGGCUGCUCGCCUUGGUGCCGCUGAUCCCGGGCGCCCUCUCGAUUCUGGUCAUCUGCGCCGUGUUGAUUUGGAUCACUUCGAGCCAUGCCAAGAAAAAGCGGAGGAGGCACAAAAUUAUGGGGGCGCCUCGAAAGGAGCCGGACUCAGCUGCAAGUACUCCCUCAAGGAGUCCGGACUCGAGUCGAGCCACCAUACGCUCGAAAAUCGUUUCCGAAGCUUCGAGGCGGAGGAAUCAAGCUCCAAGGUCGAGAAACCCACCAAGAGCUGCUAUGAAAAAACCUCGGGAUACGGCUCGGCCGCCAGAAGAGGUGGAAAAGAAGAAGAGCUCGGCAGGAGAGGCUUCUCGUGCUCCACUUCCGAGUAAUCAGCCAAAGCGCAAACCUUUUUGCAAGGACAACCCCACCGAGAUCAGCGGCUCCAAGGAGGACGCCCAAGCGCCACCUGCUCCUCCCCAGCCUCUUCCCCCUCCUACCUCAACGAAACAAACGGAGCGGAAACCUUUUCGCCAGGACAACCGCACCGAUCUCAGCAGCUCCAAGGAGGACAGCCAUCACUCUCAAAAGCUAGAAAUACCGGUGACGGUAAACACUACGCAAGCUUCCUUCGAACCAUUGAAGCGAGCGGCCGGGACUAGGGAGAAGCUGGUCGGCACUCCGGUUUCGAAAAAUCCUCUACCCAAUCCGCCGCUUGUUGCUGUCACUCCAGAAGCCGUCGAUGCGCCAAAAGUGGAGGCAAAGAUUCAGACACCCUCUUCGCCGGGAACCAUUGUGGCCCAACCAUCGACUGAUGGGUUCGAGAAGAAGCCGGAAAACUUGGAGAAUCGGCCCGAAAAACUGCCGGCUACAGUGACGUGUGAAUCUCGUGAAUCUCGCGUAGAGAUUUCCGAUACACCGAAGGGGAGUGACAAGACCGAGUCGCCCAGCUCUAACGUCGAGGAUCACGAACUUGUGAAUAACGGGUCCCCAGCCGAUACUCAGCCAGAGAAGCUGCCAAAGUCGACUUGCGAUACCCCGAAGGCCCCGUCAUCACCCGGAUCUGCCUCUUUCAUGAAUAUU